CUGCAUCAAGAUGGAUUUCCUUCAUAGGAGUGAAGUGCUUAUUAUUCAGCAUCUGCAGAAGGACUACCGGGCUUACUAUGAUUUUCUAAAUUUUAUGUCCAAUGUUGGAGACCCCCGAAAUAUCUUUUCUAUUUACUUCCCACUUUGGUUUCAGUUGAAUCAGACUGUUGGAACGUGGGUAGUGGUCAUAGGGGACUGGUUCAAUCUUAUAUUUAAAUGGAUAUUGUUUGGCCAUCGUCCUUACUGGUGGAUCCAAGAAACUGAGAUUUACCCAAAUCACUCAAGCCCGUGUCUUGAGCAAUUUCCUACUACAAGUGAAACAGGCCCAGGUAAUCCAUCUGGCCACGCAAUGAGUUCAUUGUGUGCCUGGUAUGUCAUGGUAACAGCUACCCUAAGCUACAUUGUCAACUGGAUGGACGUGUCCUCUGCCACUCUGCACAGACUGACCUGGUCCUUUCUUUGGAGUAUUUUCUGGUUGAUUCAAAUCAGCGUCUGCAUCUCCAGAAUACUCUGGAGAUGCAGACAUUUCCCCCAUCAGGUCAUUCUUGGAGUGAUUGGUGGGAUGCUAGUAGCUGAGGCCUUUGAACACACUCCAGGAAUCCACAUGGCCAGCUUGAGCAUGUACCUGAAGACCAACGUCUUCCUCUUCCUGUUUGCACUCUGCUUUUACCUGCUUCUCAGACUGCUCCGUAUUGACCUGCUGUGGUCUGUGCCCAUCGCCAAAAAGUGGUGUGCCAACCCAGACUGUAUCCACAUUGACAGCACGCCUUUUGCUGGACUUGUGAGAAACCUCGGAGUCCUCUUUGGCUUGGGUUUCGCCAUCAACUCGGAAAUGUUCCUUCUGAGCUGCCAGGGAGAAAAUGGCUCCAAGCUGAGCUUCCGCUUGCUCUGUGCUCUGACCUCACUGACCACAAUGCAAUUGUAUCGCUUAAUCAAGAUCCCGACUCACACGGAACCUUUAUUUUACCUGUUGUCUUUCUGUAAAAGUGCAUCCAUUCCACUGAUGGCUAUGGCUUUAAUUCCCUACUGUGUACAUAUGUUAAUAAGACCCAGUGAGAAGAAGAUUAAAUAG